AUGCGGGAAGCAAAGUUGCAGCCCAACGUCAUCAGCUACAGCGCUGGGAUCAGCGCGUGCAGAGACGCCGAGCAGUGGCAGCAUGCCCUGUCGCUGUUCAACGACAUGCGUCAGGACAACUGGGAGCCCAACGUGUUAAGCUACAGUGCUGGGAUCAGCUCGUUCGAGAAAUGUGGGCAAUGGCAGCGGGCUCUGGCGCUGCUCGACGAGAUGCAGGAGGCGAGCCAUGAGCCCGACGUCACCUGCUUCAACGCAGUGAUCAGCGUGUGCGACAAAGGCUGGCAAUGGCAGCGGGCUCUGGGGCUGCUUUGCGAUAUGUCGGAGGCGAAGCUGGAGCCUAACGUCAUCAGCUACAGCGCUGUGAUCAGCGCGAGCGAGAAAGGCGGUCGGUGGCAACUGGCGGUAUCGCUGAUGAGGGAGAUGCGGGAGGUGAGGAUUGAGCCAAACGAGAUCAGCUACAGUGCCGGGAUGUGCGCCUGCUGGAGAGGUGGGCGGUGGCAGUGGGCUCAGUCGUUGUUCAGCGAGAUGUCCGAGGCGAAGGUGGAAGCCAGCGUCGUCUCUUCUCCCCCGUGGACGUCUCUGGAGGCCAGGUCCGAGACGGAUCAGAUGCGUCCGAAAACUUCCAUUUUGGAGCCUCAGCCCUGGGACCUC